CGCCGGGCUGUGCCGAGCACACGCCGGCUGGAGGGGACGGCGAGCGGGCGGGAGGCGGCAGGCAGCGCCGCGCCGCGCCGAGCCGAGCGAAGGAGGGACGCGCCGGGCACGGCCGCCACCAGCCCUCCCCAAUCCUCCGUCAUCCUCCCCGCCGCGGCCGCCUGGCCCCCUGACAGCCGGCGGAGCAGCAUCCCCACACGGCCCCCUUCCCGUCAGGCACGACUGAACCAUGGAGCUUCGAGUGGGAAACAAAUACCGGCUGGGCAGAAAGAUUGGUAGUGGUUCGUUUGGAGACAUUUACCUAGGAGCCAAUAUUGCGACUGGUGAAGAGGUGGCCAUAAAACUGGAAUGUGUCAAAACCAAGCAUCCUCAGCUCCACAUUGAAAGCAAGUUCUACAAGAUGAUGCAGGGAGGAGUGGGUAUCCCGUCCAUUAAGUGGUGUGGAGCAGAGGGAGACUACAAUGUGAUGGUGAUGGAACUCUUGGGGCCCAGCCUGGAAGAUCUCUUCAACUUCUGUUCCCGCAAAUUUAGUCUCAAGACAGUUCUGCUGCUGGCAGACCAGAUGAUUAGCCGCAUUGAGUAUAUUCAUUCCAAGAACUUCAUCCAUCGGGAUGUCAAGCCAGACAACUUCCUUAUGGGCCUUGGCAAAAAGGGCAACCUAGUAUAUAUCAUUGAUUUUGGUUUGGCCAAGAAGUACCGAGAUGCCCGGACCCACCAGCACAUCCCUUAUCGGGAAAACAAGAAUCUGACUGGCACAGCCCGUUAUGCCUCUAUCAACACCCACCUGGGAAUUGAACAAAGUCGCCGUGAUGACCUGGAGAGCCUGGGUUAUGUGCUCAUGUAUUUCAACCUGGGCUCGCUGCCCUGGCAGGGCCUCAAGGCUGCCACCAAGCGCCAAAAGUAUGAGAGGAUCAGCGAGAAAAAGAUGUCAACGCCCAUCGAGGUGCUCUGCAAAGGGUACCCUUCUGAGUUCUCAACAUACCUCAACUUCUGCCGUUCACUGAGGUUUGAUGAUAAACCUGACUACUCGUACCUGCGGCAACUCUUCCGCAACCUCUUCCACCGCCAAGGCUUCUCCUACGACUACGUCUUUGAUUGGAACAUGCUUAAAUUUGGAGCAGCCCGGAACCCUGAGGAUAUGGAUCGGGAGCGGCGAGAGCACGAGCGAGAGGAGAGGAUGGGGCAACUCCGAGGGUCAGCCACGCGAGCACUGCCCCCUGGCCCACCUGCCGGGGCCACUGCCAACCGUCUUCGCAAUGUCACCGAGCCCAUGGCCUCCACCCCCACCUCCCGAAUCCAGCAGUCCGGCAACACGUCCCCCAGAGCAAUCUCAAGAGUGGACAGGGAGCGGAAGGUCAGCAUGAGGUUACACCGAGGAGCUCCUGCCAACGUCUCCUCAUCUGACCUCACAGGGCGGCAAGAAGUGUCACGGAUUUCAGCAUCACAGACAAGUGUGCCAUUUGAUCACCUUGGGAAGUGAGGAGCAAUUGCCACUGGACCAGUGUUUGCUUAGGUGAGCCUGUACUCAUGCCUGGGAACCCCUAAGGAGGAAAUUGCUGGGAAAAAAAAAAGCCUUAAGACUUUAUGUUGUUGUGGAAGAUUGGUAUAUUUCCUUUCCUUUCAACUUACUUUGAGAUGUUUUUUGGUUUCAGAGGAAAGAGUAACAUUAACUGCCAAAACCUUGAGGGGACAGAUUGUCUUAGUUGUAAAGGUAGCUUCCAUUUCUCCAGGAGGAUAGGAAGGGUGGAGAAGGUGCUGGGCUGGGGAGCCAUUUCAUUAGUUCCUCAUGAAUGCUUUUCUGGCAGUGUGACAGUGUUGGGGUGGAGGGUGCUGAGCAGGUAAUCAAGUGUGCAAGACUUUGUACAGCUACUGAGUGCCUCUUGUAGAGAAAACCACAGUAGCUGGGCGAGGUACCUCUGAGGGGAGGCAGGAGUGUAGAAGAAAAGGCUGAUUUGAUUUGUUACACUCCAACUGGCAAUGGAAGUGCUGGGAUAAGCCUUUACUCCUAACAUCUCUUGCUUUUUUCUCUCUUUUGAAUUCUCUUUUUAGUGUCUUCACUGUAUUUUUCUUUUAAAAAACAAAAAACCCAAAAAACAAACAAAAACCUAAAAAAAAUAAUAAAAGACAAAAAAACAAACAAACAAAAAAACCCAACAGAAUUUCUUUUUGCCAACGAUGAGGAGUCGAGCUGUGCCCCCGCGCUGGUGUGAGCCGUUUCCAGAGGGCCACCUGUCCCCGGCGUGA